UUUUAAAAUGCGUAUGAAAUAAAAGAACACUGAAAUAAACGUGCAGUGUGAAGCAGCACAGCACUAGUCGUUAAAUGCACAACUAAAAAGAAAAUAAAUAAAUUGUUUGCCGCAAAGCUUUAAUGUCUAUAUCUGGCAAACCAUUUAAUGUCUUCGAUAAUUAUAGCAGUGGGUUCAAUAUUUCCUCAGGACACCCUUUCUAAGUCUGUGCUAUUAAUAACCCUGAACUCCAAGUUCGGAUCAGAGUUGGAGGUGGAGCCUGGAGAACUCAGCAACGACUUCAUGGGGCGCUGCGCAGACAAUUAGAUCAAAGUACCGCGAGAGCCCAACUCUCGAAUUACUCUCGCGGUACUUUGAUGCCACAUGCCAAUUGGCCUGCGCAGCGCCGCAUGAAAUCGGGCACACCGUUCUCUCCUCAGAGCAGGAAUCAAAACAACAGAGGGACACGCCUUCUUCAUGGUGUACCUCUGCUGUCAACACUGCCUGCACGAUCCGGAGGUGGAUGAUGAUGGUCGAACCGUAACAUCUGCAUCACCUGCGCGUUAACAUUCGCGUUGCGUUCGUCAACUAACUUACCGUUGAUAUGACAUCCGCAGAAACGCUCGGCGGUCGCUGACAGACCGCGUUCACAUCCAUUAUGCCCAACCAGAAGAGCAACAAGGGGAAGAGAAAUAAACGCACGAACAGUAGCGGAGACGAGCAAGAAAAUGGAGCCUCCGCGGUCUCGGCAGGACCUGCCUCGGUGUUGACCGGGGCCACGGCGGGUCCGCCGAGCGACAACAGAAGCGAAGCCCCGUGUGCCACCCCACUGGUGUGCAGUUUAGGUCGUCCCAUUGACCUUGAGAAGGACGACUACCAGCGGGUGGUGUGCAACAGUGAACUCUGCCCCUAUGGCAACUGGAUGCACCUGCAGUGUUUCUACGAGUGGGAGAGCAGCAUACUAGUGCAGUUUAACUGCAUCGGCCGAGCCCGCAGCUGGAACGAGAAGCAGUGCCGACAGAACAUGUGGACCAAAAAAGGCUACGAUCUGGCCUUCCGCUUCUGCUCCUGCCGCUGUGGCCAAGGACACCUGAAAAAAGACACGGACUGGUACCAGGUAAAACGCAUGCAUGAUGAGCGGAAGAAAAAGAUGCCGGAGAAGGGAAGCGGGAAGCUCAGCCUCAGUGCCUCCGCAGGUGGUGCUUGCGGGGGUGAAGCUUCCGAUGAGCCCAAGAAAGGCAAAUCAUCAAGCAGCCAUAAACUGGCUCAUCGUGGCUCUUGUCAGGAGUUGCCUCGCAGACAGUCGGUGGAUUGGCAGGGUGCUCAGGACAGAGGCCAUGGGAUUCCUCCCAGUGCAUGUGGUGGGGGUUCCCACGGUCUCCGGUCCCCGUGCGAGUCCCCUGCUCAGUCGCCAACAUCCGGCUUCUCCUUCUCACCCCAGUCUUUCGGCGUGCCACGCACCUCGAUGCACCUGGGAGAGUUUCUGAAGAAUGCCGUACACACGGAUAGUCAAAGGAAGCAUUUUCUGCCCGGAAACAUGGUGGCACGCGGAGCUCACCUGGAGCAGGGGGCUGCCGGCAUGUGCCUGCCUCGCCUCUCUCCGGGAGACAACCCCGUGCAGUUUCUGCGGAGGCUGGAUCUCUCCGAGCUGCUCACGCACAUUCCUCGACACAAGCUCAACACCUACCACGUGCGGAUGGAAGACGAUGCCCAAGCCGGCCAGGGAGAGGAUCUUAGGAAGUUCAUCCUCUCGGCUCUCAGCGCGAGUCACCGUAAUGUGGUGAACUGUGCCCUUUGCCAUCACACUCUGCCCAUUUUUGAACAGUUUCCUUUAGUGGACGGAACACUGUUUCUGAGCCCUUCUCGCCAUGAUGAGAUUGAGUAUGAUGUGCCGUGCCAUUUACAAGGGAGGCUGAUGCAUCUUUAUGCCAUCUGUGUCGACUGCCUCGAAGGAGUGCACAAAAUCGUGUGUAUUAAAUGCAAGUCCAGGUGGGAUGGAAGCUGGCACCAGCUGGGCACCAUGUACACAUACGACAUACUGGCUGCAUCCCCAUGCUGCCAGGCCCGGCUAAACUGCAAGCAUUGUGGGAAACCGGUCAUAGAUGUACGUGUUGGCAUGCAGUAUUUCUCAGAAUACAGCAAUGUACAGCAGUGUCCGCACUGCGGCAAUCUGGACUAUCACUUUGUAAAGCCAUUCUCCUCCUUUAAAGUACUCGAAGCUUAUUGACAAAAGUUGCAAUUGCAUGUUAGUAAUUUUCUCUGUUUUUUACUAUUCAUAGAAUAACUUUUUUGAGCUCUUGUUGAAACUUUGUGUGGGUUUAGUUCUGUUUAGGACAAAAUAGAACGAAUCAAAGAAAACGCAAUGUUAGGACGUCAUCUUUUAUUAAGAGAAUGAAGGCGUGCUUUGCCAUCCCUGAAAUGUUUGAGCUUACAUUUAAAAUAAAGCAACAACAAAACUGUGACAAGUGAAUGUAUCUCUGUAUGCCAAAUUUGCUCUUUUGUACAAAAACCAAGAAAACAAUAAAAUAUAUAAAAGGAUAUCUCCUUUUUCACAGUAUAAUGAAUUAUUCCAUGCUUUGGUCAGAUAUCUUUUGAUCUAAAACCUCUUUUAUUCAAAUCCUAUUUUGCCCAGGGGCUUUCCACAUAAUUCCUGUUUUACAUAUCAAAUGGCAGUUUUCAAUGAACAUCAUUAUCGCAAGCAAGACAGUGUCUUUGAUCAAUCAAGCAGUGCUCAACAUCUUGGAAAACAAAGAAAGUAAUUAAGUGUGACAUACAUAUUUAUAGCUUUUUAUUUUUGAUUAAGAUUAUAGUGAAAACUAGAAAUAGAGCAAAUGACUUGGUUAGCAUAACAUCAUUUUAAACAGGUGCUUAAUAGUGCAAACAAAUCUAAAGUCUCUAACGUCCCCUACCAAUUCAUAAAGCAUGUAUUACAACUGUCAGUUUUAUGUAUAUAUCAUAUUUUUAUAUCAAGGUUAUAUUGUCACAGAAUGUUCUUUACAGCAGUGGUUCUCAAACUUUUUCCGCGUGUGGCCCCCCUUGUGUACGGUGCAUUCCUUCACGCCCCCCCCCCAAAAAAAAUUUAUGACAAAAAAACUGUUCUAAAAUGUAACAUUUUAAUUAAACAAAACAUAUUAAAUUAUACAAAGUAGUGCUGUUGGUAAGUAGCCUUAUCUUCUUUGGUUUAAUUACACAAAAUUUGUGAUAAAUGAAUGUAUUUUAUAAAAUGUCAUAAAACUGGGGCCCCCCUGGCACCAUCUCGCGGCCCCCAGUUUGAGAACCACUGCUUUACAGUAUGUAGGAUGAUUUUAUAAAAAACUUAAGUUGGGUUUUCACAGACAGGGUCACAUGUCGUUGCUUAUUGUAAUUUUUAAAAUGAAGAUAAGAUUCAAUAAAAAAUAAAAAACCUGCCACCUCAGCACAAACAAUGUAAGUCCACAUAAGAUGCACAUGUUUUUUUUACAAAAUCUUAGUUUCUAUAAAAUGUGUGAACACCUUUUUAAAUGUAUUUAUAAAUGUAUACUUUAACAUCUCUUUAAUUUAUGUUUAAGAUUAAAGGUCAAGCUGAGUAUAUGCAGUACUUGCUGGCUUUCUCCGAUGACUAUCCGUUGUUAAAGGCGGGGUGCAUGAUCUCUGAAAGCCUAUGUUGACAUUUGAAAUCACAUAAACAAACACGCCUCUCACCCCAAUAUAAUCUGGACUUUUUUUGAUAGACCCGCCCCACACAUACGCAGCCCAGGCAACGAUGUCGGUUAGUAGACAUGCCACUUAAUGCUGAUUGGCUAUACAAGUGUGUUUUAGUACUCAGCCCGACUCCCUUUUCCAAAUCAUUUCUCAAAUAUCGUGCACCCCACCUUUAAGUCGGAAUAAAAUGUGUCAUAUAUGUGAUAUGAAUAAAUAGUGCUAAUAAAAGGCCAACCCUAACUCCACUGCUUCACACUCAUUGGCUGUCACUCCCAAAAGUAGCUUGUCAUUUGAAUAAAGUUGAACUGUUCUAAAGUCCUUUAAAGGACUGCUCCGCCAUAUUUGCAAUGCCUCCAGGUCUUGUUAGUGCAUGUGCAAAGUCCUCCCUCAAAGGAUUCCAUUCAGUCGAUUGGCUCUUUUUACUGAGAGGCGGGACUUGAGCGGCCAUUCUGACCUUUGCAAUGUCCCCCAUUUAUGUCAAUACCAGUGACACAUCUUGUUAUUCAAUUUAAAAUUUACUGUUCUUAACUUUGUCACAUAGCUUGACACAUCCACUUUUUGUUGCCAACUGUUGUUGUCGCUGGCUCGUGUCACUGGAAUUCACCAAGUUUCCAUUGAAAUGAAUGAGAUUGUGUCGCUGCCCCGUUGCUAGUUGCUGGCGGUGUGCACAAAACUUUACAAGGAUUUGUGAUGCAAUAGGACUAAAAUUUUUCAAUUUAUAUUUAUGUUUGAACAUGGAGUCUAUCUGUUUGCAAAGCUUGUCACCAUUUGUGACCCAUGAGUCAGUUUUAAGAAUGGAAAAGGAUAAAAAUACAUUUCUAUAUAAAUACAGGUCAAUACGUUUUCAUCCUGCAGGUAUAGAAAUCACAGUGAAGUGUACAUGCUUGAAAGCUGCUUGCCUUUUUAGGCUGUAACCAUGGAAACUGCUUGGGUUAAAAUCGUGGUGUGCCAAAGGAGUUACUGUAUGCUAGUGUCCAGCAAUUAUCUAUGAUGGGGAAUUUAAAUCUUUUUAAUUGGCCAAAUGCUAUUACCAUUGCUCAUCCUUGACUCACGCACCAUUUGUGUUCUCGACAAUAAAGAUUCCCAUACUUGUGUGACUUGUUGAAAGAAAACUGCUUUUACUUUUCUGAUAAUACUGUAAGACUUGCAGUGUCUGUCCAGAACUAGGUUAGUGAAAAACAACAGGAGGUGUAGGAUUGUCAACAGAUGUUUAUUUGAAAGUAUUACAAGUAUUAUACUUGAGUAUUACCCUAAAAAUAAAAAACCCACGUUACAUUCUGAAAACUAUGCAAAACGUAAACUAUGCAAACCACCCGUAAUGUAAAACUUUCUGGAAAGGCAAGCAGCUUAUGACCUGUUUGUCAUCUUAUAUGUUACCUGUAACUCGCAAACAACAAGACACACAA